UUUUUUUUUUUUUUUUUUACAAAUGCAAAGCAACAAUCUUCAAGUUUUGUACAUGACGGGUACAAGAUUGGGCAUAGCCAGAGAAUCUAGCCCACACCCCACAGUUUGCCGACAAUUGGAAACUCGCUCAACCAACGCGAUUGGUCUGCCAGUCUGACGUCAUUCUCCCGCGCUUUGCUGGGAUUGGCAAAUUGGCGCGGGACAUUCAGUCAAAGAGGAAGGAAGCAACAUUGUUGGAGCCUUACUGUUUGCAUCAAUUUUAGUGGUGUGACCAUGCAGUUUUCCAGGAAAAAAAAGCUCUUAAGCAAUCCGCAAAAUGAGCUGUACGGUCACUGUCUCCAGUUCUACAGUCAACCUCCAACUGAAAAUAUGUCGCUUUCCGAGUUUGAGACCUUUGCAGUGGAGAGAUUAAAACUGCUAAAGACAGUGGAAAACCUUGGUGUGAGCUAUGUGAAGACUUCAGAUCCAUACCAUAAGAAGCUGUAUGCUGAGCUCACCAAUUUGAACUUCCCUCAUAAAACAGAGGCUGAUGACCGUAAAGAUCAAACUGGACUGACAGAGUUUGAGAAGCGGAGAAAGGACCACAUCUCCCAUUUCAUUCUUCGUCUUGCCUACUGUCAAACAGAGGACCUCCGGCGCUGGUUCAUCCAGCAGGAAAUGGAUCUGUUUCGGUACCGCUUCAGUGACCUGCCUGCCAGGUACAAGACAGAGUUUCUGCACCGUAACAAUCUGCAGUAUGACACGCUCAGUGUGGAGGAAAAGAGAAAGCUGGCAGUGAAACUCAUUAACUCCAGCUAUGGAGUCAGUGGAGCCACGGUCGAAGAGCAGGACUUCUAUAAGGUGCCUUUCCAAGAUGCACUAGAUCUGGUACGGACCAGGAAGGUGUUCCUGCAAGGGGGCUACGCCUACAUCCCCCACCAGGACAUCAUAUCCAUAGUCCUCAAUGACUUCCGCACAAGGCUCUCCAAAGCGCUCGCGCUGACGGCAAGAUCCCUGCCAGCGGUACAGUCUGACGAGCGACUCCAGCCUCUCCUCAGCCACCUCAGUCAUGCCUACGUGGGUCAGGAUUACAGUAUUCAGAAGAACAUUGGGAAAAUAUCUUUGGAACAGAUUGAUCCACUCUCCGCCAAGUCCUUCCCCCUGUGCAUGAGACAGCUCCACAAGUCGCUGAGGGACAACCACCACCUGCGCCACGGCGGGCGCAUGCAGUACGGCCUCUUCCUCAAGGGCGUCGGGCUCACGCUAGACCAGGCCCUGCAGUUCUGGAGGUCCGAAUUUGUCAAAGGCAAAGUGGAUGCAGACAAGUUUGACAAACAGUAUGCCUACAACGUGCGCCACAUGUUCGGGAAGGAAGGCAAGCGCACAGACUACACUCCCUACAGCUGCAUGAAGGUGAUUUUGUCAAACGCACCCAGCCAAGGCGACUACCACGGGUGUCCAUUCCGGCACAGUGACCCAGAGCUGCUGAAACAGAAGCUGCAGUCCUAUAAGCUGUCCCCCAGCGGGAUCUCUCAGAUCUUGGACUUAGUCAAGGGAAUGCACUAUCAGCUGGCCUGCCAGAAGUACUUCGAGUUUACACAUGGGAUCGAGGACUCUGGCUUCUCACUCAACCACCCCAACCAAUACUUCAUUGAGAGCCAGAAGCUGCUUGGAGGAGGAGGAGGAGGAGGAGGAGGAAGUAAGGAGGUAAAGAGUGAACCGGAGAUGCCCCAGAAAGGCCAGAACAUGGCUGCUAAGACGCCCAGCACCCCCCACCCCCAAACCCAAGCACUCUCCAAGCAAGACGCUGCCGAAAUGGAAGAUCUCGACUCUCUCUUCAAGGACGAAUAGCAGCCCUGUGAGAGUAUUGGCCUUGUUGGUAAAGAGUGUUAUUUCGAGGGCUCUCUGAACUUUUGGAGCUCUCUUGGUCUCUGAACAGUUUUUGCUGACUCUUCCGAAAGGGGCACCAGGCAUCCAAACCCUAAUAUCUCUUAACUGUCAAGCCUUUUAUGUCUGGUUGUAUUCUGCCUAUUCAAAAUGUUUUGAUGAAGUUUUCUGCUUGUCCUUGUCCUACUUUUUUGUAAUGUCAGUCUGCUAUAGUUGCUACAUUUUUAUUGAUAUCUUUCGUCCUAGUGGCUGAAUUUAAAACCAUAUCGACUAUCACUGCCUUUCACAAUAAGAAAAUAAAAUGAAUGAGAAAUGCUA